AUGGCAGCUAAAUCCCCCGUUGCUCUCAUCCUAGGCGCAGGCCCAAACAUCGGACAAUCUACUGUCCGCAAGUUCGCCUCGAAGGGCUACAGAGUCGCACUUGCAUCCCGUUCGCUCAAAGAGUCGAACAGCACCGACGGUCAACUCCACAUCCCGAGUGAUUUUACCAAGCCAGCCGAUGUCAUCAGUGCUUUCAACAAGGUCAAGGAGACGUUCGGCAUCCCAAGUGUAGUUGUCUACAAUGCUAGUAGAUCAAGUCGCACUCCACCAGAUGAUCCCUUCGCCCUGGACUUCGAUGUUUUCAGUGCCGAUCAAAUUGUCAACGUCAACAGCUUCUUCAUCGCUGCACAGCAAGCAGUCAAUGGCUUCGCGCAACUCCCAUCGUCAGCCUCACGGACUUUCAUCUACACCGGUAAUGUCCUCAACGUUUCCAUGAUCCCAGGGUUUUUGGCCCAGGGCGCUGGGAAAUCUGCUGCCGCAUACAUGAUCUGGACGGCUUCGGCAGCCUACAAAGAUCGUGGGUACAAAUUCUACUAUGCUGAUGAGCGCAAGUCGGGUGGAGCGCCGAAGUAUGUUGUUGAUGGAGAGGCGCACGCAGAUAUCUUCUGGGAGUUGUCUCAACACAAAGAACAGGGCCCUUGGAUGCAGACUUUUGUCAAGGGCGAGGGGUACCAGAGUUUUGACACGAUCUACAAGCCUCUUUGA